CUGCAGCCGUCGGAGUCGCCAUGCUGUCCCCACGCAGAGCGCUCUUCUCUCUCUUGCUGCUGCUGCUGGCGGCGCCCUCCUUGGCGUUGCCGUCCGGGACCGGCCGCUCGGCCUCAGCUGCCACCGUCUGCCCGGAGCGUUGCGAUCCCACACGCUGCGCCCCACCGCCCACGGACUGUGAGGGCGGCCGCGUCCGGGACGCGUGCGGCUGCUGCGAGGUGUGCGGUGCGACUGAGGGCGCAGCAUGCGGCCUGCAGGAGGGUCCCUGCGGCGAGGGGCUGCAGUGCGUGGUGCCCUUCGGGGUGCCUGCCUCGGCCACAGUACGACGGCGCGCCCACGCCGGCUUGUGCGUGUGUGCUAGCAGCGAGCCGGUGUGUGGCAGCGACGCCAAGACCUACACCAACUUGUGCCAGUUGCGCGCCGCCAGCCGCCGCUCCGAGAAGCUUCGCCAGCCGCCGGUCAUCGUCCUGCAGCGCGGCGCCUGCGGCCAAGGGCAGGAAGACCCCAACAGUUUGCGUCAUAAAUACAACUUUAUUGCUGACGUGGUGGAGAAGAUCGCUCCUGCUGUGGUUCACAUUGAACUCUAUCGCAAACUUCCUUUUUCCAAGAGAGAGGUGCCGGUGGCUAGUGGGUCUGGAUUCAUCGUGUCUGAGGAUGGACUGAUUGUGACAAAUGCCCAUGUGGUGACCAACAAAAACCGGGUCAAGGUUGAACUGAAGAACGGAGCCACCUAUGAAGCCAAAAUCAAGGAUGUGGAUGAAAAGGCAGACAUUGCACUUAUCAAAAUUGACCAUCAGGGAAAGCUGCCAGUCCUGCUGCUUGGUCGUUCCUCAGAGCUGCGGCCGGGAGAGUUUGUGGUAGCCAUCGGAAGCCCCUUUUCUCUUCAAAACACGGUCACCACCGGGAUUGUCAGCACUACCCAACGAGGCGGCAAAGAGCUGGGGCUCCGAAACUCUGACAUGGACUAUAUUCAGACAGAUGCCAUCAUCAAUUACGGAAACUCCGGGGGCCCGUUAGUAAACCUGGAUGGCGAGGUGAUUGGAAUUAAUACUCUGAAAGUGACAGCAGGCAUCUCCUUUGCAAUUCCAUCGGAUAAGAUAAAGAAAUUCCUGACAGAGUCCCAUGACCGACAGGCCAAAGGGAAAGCUGUCACCAAGAAGAAGUAUAUUGGUAUCCGGAUGAUGUCCCUCACAUCUAGCAAGGCCAAAGAGCUGAAGGACCGCCACCGAGACUUCCCAGAUGUACUCUCUGGAGCAUAUAUCAUUGAAGUUAUUCCCGACACCCCAGCAGAAGCUGGAGGGCUCAAAGAAAAUGAUGUCAUCAUCAGCAUCAAUGGACAGUCAGUGGUCACUGCCAAUGAUGUCAGUGAUGUCAUUAAAAAGGAAAAUACCCUGAACAUGGUUGUCCGCAGGGGCAAUGAAGACAUUAUGAUUACGGUUAUUCCUGAAGAAAUCGACCCAUAGGCAGAGGCAAGAGCCU